AGCAUGGAGCCGCCGGCCGUGCAGGAGGACGAGGAGGAGGAAGAGGAGGAGGGGGCGGUGCCCCUCUCCAUGGCGCCCGGCCACGUGGGAUGCCAGCUCUUUGGAUAUGUGGGAAUCGAAGCUGUGCUCGACCAGAUGAAAAUCAAAACCAUGAAGACAGGCUUUGAGUUCAACAUCAUGGUUGUGGGGCAGAGCGGGCUGGGGAAGUCCACCAUGGUGAACACCCUCUUCAAGUCCAAGGUGAGCCGCAAAUCCUCACAGCCCGGCCAGGAGGAACGUAUUCCCAAAACAGUGCAGCUCCAGUCCAUCACCCAUGUCAUCGAGGAGAAGGGGGUGAAGAUGAAGCUGACGGUGACCGACACACCAGGGUUCGGGGACCAGAUCAACAAUGAGAACUGCUGGGACCCCAUCAUCAAAUACAUCAAUGAGCAGUACGAGAGAUACCUGCGAGAGGAGAUCCUCAUCACCCGCAAGAGGAAGAUCCCGGACACUCGGGUCCAUGGAUGUGUCUACUUUGUGCCCCCCACAGGUCACUGGCUGCGCCCGCUGGAUCUGGAGUUCAUGCGGCGGCUCAGCAAGAUCGUUAAUGUGGUGCCGGUGAUCGCCAAAGCUGACACCCUCACCCUGGAGGAACGGGCAGAAUUCAAGCAGCGGAUCCAGGAGAACCUGAAGACCCACGCCAUCAGCGUGUACCCGCAGGAGGACUUCGACCAGGACCCCGAAGACAGGGCACUGAAUGAUAGGAUUCGUGAGAAGAUUCCCUUCGCUGUGGUGGGGGCAGACCAGGAGCACCAGGUGAAUGGCAAACGGGUGCUGGGCCGCAAGACCAAGUGGGGCAUCAUUGAAGUGGAGAACUCAGCACACUGCGAGUUCCCCCUCCUGCGGGACCUGCUGAUCCGGUCACACCUGCAGGACCUGAAGGAUAUCACCCACAACGUCCACUACGAAAGUUAUCGCGUGCGGCGGCUGAACGAGAGCAACCAGCUGGGGCUGAGCCCCCUCAAUGGGCUGCCAGGCAAGGGCGAGGCCAGCAGCCACCUCUGAGUCACCUUGUGCCCCCCGAUCACCACUGAGCCCCAUGGCAGUGCCCACCCCUGCCCACCAUGGUUGUGCCAGGUACCACCUGCCUGGAUUGAAGAGCCCCCCCCCUCCAAGAGCGCCCAGCUGCCCUGACAUGGGUCCCUCAUCCCCAAGCUCUGCCAUGGGCACAGACUCCCAGACCCUUUAAAGGACCCUUUAAAGACAUUAAAGGUUAAUCCAGAGCCUUCAGCCUUCACCCUCCUGCUGGACUCCCGAUUUUUGAUGUGCCACCACCCUGCUGUGCUGCUGUAGCUGCUGGGCACUCCCAGACACGCUGCGGAAGUGGAGUGGGGUGUGACUGGGGUGCAAAUA